CGCGUCUUCCAAUGGCGGAUUCCCGUUGCUAAACCUUACACAAAUCACUCUCUGUGUGUGUUGGUGGUCCUUUUUUUCUGGUUCAUCUUCUUCCUUUUCUUGACGGUUUUCACUUUUUCAAGAAACCCCUUUUGACCCAAUCCCCAAAUUGGGUUGAUAAUAAAACCCUUUAUUUUGAAUUUGUGAUUUGGGUUAAGAAUCCGUAAAAGGGUCCGAACACGAGAUGACCCAAUUGGAGUUCUUGAAGAAAUUCAAGAGAUUGAAGCCAUCUGAACUUGGUUGUUUCUGUAUUAGUCUUUGUUUCAUCUUGUGUUUGUUUUUCUUGGAUUAUCGGUCCGUGAGCAGAGGGUUCAGGGUUCGUGGUUGGUUUGGGUUCAGCGGGUCUGGUUCGGGUUCGGGUCGAGAGCUCGUUGGGUUUCUUGAAACGGGUCGGGGCGAAUGUAACAUAUUUGAUGGAAAUUGGGUGUGGGAUGAGAGGUAUCCAUUGUAUGAAUCUAAAGAUUGUUUGUUGUUAGAUGAUGGUUUUAGGUGUUCUGAAAAUGGUAGAAUUGAUAGAUUCUACACAAAGUGGAGAUGGCAACCCAAAUAUUGCAAUUUGCCAAGAUUCGAUGCAGUAACGAUGCUGGAAAGACUACGAAACCGUAGGUUAGUGUUCGUUGGCGAUUCGAUUGGGAGAAAUCAAUGGGAAUCGCUUUUGUGUUUGUUAUCAACUGCUGUUUCUAACAAAUCUUCAAUAUAUGAAGUGAAUGGUAGACCAAUCACGAAACACACGGGUUUCUUGGUGUUUAAAUUCGCUGAUUUCAAUUGUACGAUCGAGUAUUACCGAGCUCCGUAUCUGGUUCUUCAGAGCAGACCGCCGGCUGGUUCACCAAAAGAGGUUCGAACCACUUUGAAGCUCGAUCAGAUGGAUUGGUUUGCCGGGAAAUGGAAAGGUGCGGACGUGAUCGUUUUCAACACCGGGCAUUGGUGGAAUUCUGAAAAAACGACACGCGAGGGAUGUUACUUUCAAGAAUCCGGAGAUGUGAAAAUGAAUAUGAGCGUAGGAACUGCAUACAAGAGAUCGAUGGAAACGGUUUUGAAUUGGAUCAGUAAAGAAGUCGAUACGAACAAGACUCAAGUCAUCUUCCGAGGCUUUUCUCCCGUCCAUUUCAGGGGAGGUGAUUGGAAAUCCGGUGGUAGCUGCCACCUUGAAACGCUUCCCGACUUGAGUUCAUCGCCGGUUUCAUCCGGCGCGAUGUUUUUCCCCAACAUAUUUGGGUCGGUGUUAUCGGAACGCCAGAAUGAGUCAGCGUUCAUAGCGAAACUAGAGUUAUUGGACGUGACGUACAUGUCAUCGAAGCGAAAAGAUGGUCAUGCGUCGUUAUAUUAUUUGGGGCCGGACGCUGGUGGCCCUGCACCUUUACGCAGGCAAGACUGCAGCCAUUGGUGCUUACCGGGCGUCCCGGAUUCUUGGAACGAGCUUCUGUAUGCCGUCUUUCUAAAACACGAAUACUCCAUUGCCGCCACCGCUUCCGCUCCGUCUUCGAUUGAUCUCGAGUAAAGAAACCGUAAAAAGGGUGUUUUUGGAGGCUGCGUUUCGGGCAUCGAGCGUGGUGGUAUAAGAUAGCUGGUGGCGGUAGAUCGCGGAGUAUGGCGGCAAGAUUUGAUCCCGAAGGCUGGAUGCGGCGGUUGAAGGCGGAGUUGUGAUCGGAAUUGGGUGCCAAUUGCAUUGAUGAGAAUUGUAUAGAUUUAGGGGAAAUUUUGCAUAUAGAGGGGAUUGGAGGGGGGAUUAAAGUGUGCAGAAAAUGGUGAUUCAUAGAUCUUCUAAUUGAAUAACAAAAUAUACAUACAUACUUUGGUGCAAUA